AUGGGGGAAAGUUCCAAAUAUUCCAAACUACUCCCCAAAGCCCAUCCCACCACAAUCUCCUUGCCCAUUUCAGAGAUUGGUGUGGGCACCACCGGCUUUGGCAUCUUCUUCAUCCUCUUUGGAAUACUCCUAUAUUUUGAUUCCGUGCUCCUGGCCUUCGGAAACCUGCUGUUCCUGACUGGCCUCUCCCUCAUCAUUGGCCUGAGGAAGAUGUUCUUCUUCUUCUUCCAGCGGCACAAGCUCAAGGGGACCAGCUUCUUCCUGGGGGGUGUGAUCAUUGUGCUCCUGCGCUGGCCCCUCCUGGGCAUGUUCUUAGAAAUCUAUGGAUUCUUUAACCUCUUCAAGGCAUUUUUCCCUGUCGCCUUUGGCUUCCUGGGCAAUGCCUCCAACAUCCCCUUCUUCAGUGCGCUGUUCCGGAAGCUUCAAGGCACCAGCUCAAUGGUCUGA